ACAGUAUGUCCUACAAUGACAUAUUUGGUGGGGGUUGGCAGCCAACAAUAGGAUUGGAUUGGGACUAAAUCAAAGAAUAAAACGAUAUUGAAAUGAAUAUUAUUAACAAAUAUUUCCCAGAAGAUUUUGGGUUCAACCUAAGGCUGACUAGGACAGAUCAAUCAACUUGAUCCGACACAGUAAGCCUACAUGUCAUACGUAGCACAGAGGGAGGAUGGUGAUCCUCAGAGGGAAGGAAAGGAAGUUGUUGAGGAAGAACCGGUGGCCACACCCAAAGAGGAGGCCAAGAAGGGAAGGAAGGCAAAAAGUAAGAGGAGUGGCAAGAAGUCAAGGAAGCUGGGCACUGACAACGAUGCAGUCUCCAGGAAUAAACACCUGGAUAGAGGAUCUGUAAUUGAGCUCCUGGAGAAGAAAGCUGUUCAGGCUGCAUUCGGCCCAGGCAACAAGGAUGAGAUGGAAUACUCCUACCCAAUCCUCAUCUCAUUCCUGCGCAAUCUUACUGAUGAGCAGUGGCAAGUGAUCUACAAAGGACUAAAAAACCCUAUGACGAAGGAACAGCUUGCCAAAUUGUGCAAGACAAUUGUAACCUUCAUCGCACAGACCACCCUGCAGAUCCUGCUGCCAGCCCUGGCCCGCGUACUUGGGGUAAAGGACUUUGCUGACGACGACACUGACUCACCCAAGAGGGGUGGCAGUGCAAGAGCCUUUGCUGCCUUUGAUCAGGAAAGACUGGAGCUCAUCCAGGAAGUUAGAUAUCUGGCGAAGAAAAUGUAUAAGGGCGGCACAGGGGCUCAACAUCUCAGGUCCCUAACACCCUCUUCUAAGAGUUCCCAGACCUCAGUGAAAGUCCUCCUGGGAAUGACAGAGGACAGAAUCAUCAAAAGUGUCCAGGAGCAACUGUCUGAUCAUAAUAUCCUGUCCUCUUGCCCACCUGAGCUGACUGUUGGUCUUAUCAAGGUGGUGGUCGAACAGCUUAACUCUGCCCUCUCUGCGACCAUCAGCAGAGCCAUUUCAGGGCGGUCCUCCCCUAUUUCUUCUGGUACCCAGGCCGCUGAACAAAUGGUCAACAUGGUCCAGAAAUGUUUUGAUGAUCACACCACCCCAGAGGACCAGAGCUCUACCUCUGUAUUAGAGUCAUGCAUUCCACCUGCAACAGAAGAAGUGAUGACUGUUAUCGCAGAGAUGGUGGGUGAAUUGGAAAAAGAAGAUCCGGAAUUGGCUAAGGUUUUUCGAGAAGUGGCUGUGAAAGUUAAAAUGUUGGCAUCUGGCAGUGACCUUGUAGUGGAGCACCUGGAUGUUGAAGACUCUCCUGUUCCAGAGGAGCUGAACAUAAUAUGUACAUCUUGCAAAGCAAUGAUGCAAAAUCUUGGCACUCUGUUUAGUGUGAAGUUCAAGACCAAAGCCUCAAAGGCUGUGAGUGAAAUUCUUGUGAGAAGGUUAAUGAGCGAUAUCUCUGGUAUGGUUCAACCUUCUCAUUCGUUUAGUACCACUCCAAGCUUGAUGAAUGCAUCUAGCCCAUCUGACAGGAUCCUUGAUUUUGCGGCCACUGAGCUCAUACAGACCAAAGUAGAAUCUGAGGCAUCAAAAAUAAUUGAUAACUUUGUUGAAGAUGUCAAGGACAUUGUGCAAAUUCAACCAGCCCGGAUGUUGCCUUCGCUUUCAACCCCAUCCACUGACAACUUAGUCGGUGAUGAUGACUUCACCGGCCUCAUCAGCAUGUUAGUGGUGAGACUUCUGUCAAAAAUCCAAACCCAAACUGAUCUGUACCCAACUGACGUCACACGCACGUCACAAGACCUGAUUCCAAAAGUUAUAGCUGCCUUCUGUGCAUGGUCAGGCUGCUCUGAGACCCAAGCUUAUCCCAAGAACCUGAAGAGUCACAAAGUAUACAGCACCGUCUACAAACAUCUGUUGAAGGAGUUUGGCUCAGAGAAAAUACUCCAACUGGCCGUGUCGACUCAGGACUCCACUUUCAAUAGGAUUCUUGUGAAGUCAUUGAGCAAGGAGCUUCUCCACAGUUGUAACGAGGCAUCAAGAGCAGCCUCAAGAACAUCUUUCGAAGCCACCAGGCCAGAAGCUCUUCUCAUGGCUGAAGAUGUGAAGGCUACCAGAGGGAAGCUGUCUUUCCUACAAAGGCUUGCCAGACUGAAAUUCAACUUAAAGCCAUUCAUGAUGGGAAACAAGAAGGAUUCCAAUAAGAAAUCCCGCCAUUCUGAAUCCAAAGACCAGACUACUGCUGAAGAUAUCAUGUUGGCACAUCCUGCCACAUUUGGACUCCCAGAGGGUCUUCCCUCCACCUCUCAACAGGAGAAGCCUCGCAAACGUCCCCUUCUAAUCAGGAUGUUUUCCACCAUCUCCAUAGGCCUAUCCAAGCCAUUCAAACGGUUUUCAAAGCAAGCUUAAUACAACAAUUUCCUUUAAUACAGUAAUAUUUGCAUU